CGUAGAAGUCUGUUUGUACUGCUGCUCGCUCACUGGUUGCUGCGCUUCGUUAAAUCAGUGUCGUCGCAGCAAGAAGUGAGGAAAAAUCAUCAUCAUCGUCGGUCCCGUUGUGCCUGGGCAUAUACGCUAAUCGGUCCCAACUGUUUUUGUAUAUUUUUGGACGUCCGAAUGUGUUGAUAUGUUAUUUUAUCGUUGGAACCCGUCGCUGCAAUAGCAAAGUUUUGCUCGCUCGCGCCGCCGUGUAUUUGUGGCGCCCAAUUCUCGAAACCAGGAACAUCCACGGCCAGAAGGCGAGCCACCAGUUAGUGUCGGUACCGCACCGAUGGUGGAUGUGUGUUUUUUGUUAUUUAUGAUAAUAAAGUGAAAUUUUGAUUGAAAACAAUGUCGGUGUGAUAUUUACCUUCGACCGUCUCGCCUUUUCCGUAAAUGCUCCGGGUUUUUAUUAUUAUUGGAAGCAAGACGAUUAGUGACAGUGCACGCGGAGUGAACCCUCGUCUGACCCACGGAGAAGAGUUUAACGAAAAAAAUAUUUGCACAAAUUUGUUGUGGAAGAUAAUAUUGUUCGGAAUAACAAAUUCAGUUGUUUAAAUUGAAAACAAACGUGGCAAGUGGACUGCGCGCGGGGGCACGCGACUUCUUUUGUGGCGAAUUGUUUACGGUGAAGAAGAACGAAGAUGCAUACUCUGUUUACGGAUCAGAAUACAUUCUCGCGGCAUUAUGGCCACACACAGCCGGGUUAUCCGACGAAUGCGGGAACCAUGGCUCCGGCUCAUCACUACACCUACGAUCAGUACUCACGGUACGCCUACGCCGGAUCAGCUUAUGGAUUGGCAGCUCCUCACCAGAACAAGGAGUUGGUGAAGCCGCCGUAUUCGUACAUUGCGUUGAUCGCGAUGGCCAUCGGUAGUUCACCAGAGAAAAAAGUCACUCUUAAUGGCAUCUAUCAAUACAUCAUGGAACGCUAUCCCUACUACCGGGAUAACAAACAAGGCUGGCAGAACUCCAUCAGACACAACCUAAGUCUGAACGAGUGUUUCGUAAAAGUUGCUCGCGAUGAUAAGAAGCCUGGCAAAGGAAGCUACUGGACGCUAGAUCCCGAUUCCCACAACAUGUUCGAUAACGGAUCGUUCCUCAGACGUAGACGAAGAUUCAAGAAAAAAGAUGCUCUCAAGGAAAAGGAGGAAAUGAUCAAGCGUCAAACGAUGAUGCUAGAAGACAAAAUGGGCGAUAUAAAACCCAUCAAGAUCAUGGGAUCGGGCCAUCAUCUGGAUGGCAAGCAAUUUACCCAUCAAUUCAAACGUGAACCAGGACUCGACCUCGCCACCCAAUGCAUGGUCAAAGACAGCCUCGCGCCAACCAUCCUCAACACCUGCCACGACACGUUAGCCACCCAGAUGAACCACCUGUCCGCCAGCGAUCAUGGAUUCUCGGUAGAUUCCCUGAUGAACGUCUACAGUCCAAGACUGCACCACACCUCCUAUCCGUAUCACUUCAACGAGGACAAUCUGGUGACGACCUCGAGCCAGUUACGUCACCAUCAUACCUCUGCCCACCAUCCCCCACCGCACGGUGGCUGGUACACUCCGGAAACGCCACCGGAAUCCAUCGGCAACACUUCCGGCGGUAGUGCAUCCACCCCCACAACCAUCCCCACAUCGGUGCACCCCUCCACGCACGGAUUCCGCGACAUGGUGUUCGAGCACAGUCAAACCAACUGCCAAAUGGAUACGGGCAGUCCCAGCAAUAGCAUUACCUCCGCCAGUCCACCGGUGAUUCCCGGAUCGGUAGCCAACAGCAGUGCGGCAGCGGCGGCGGCCGCCGCAGCAGCCGGACACCUCAGCGCAGCGGGAAAUCUGAGCCAUCUGGGCCACUACCGGUCACACGUUGGAUACUACCAGGAUUGCGGCAUCAAGUACGGCGUGUAAAGUGAUACCAAGUGUAAGGUACGGUGUUAGAUUGUAGGUAAUUAUUGUAGUUAAGUUGUUCGGAUGGAUCUCUCACGCUCUCUCGUGUGCUGAAGUGGUGCUGGAAGCUGGAAGUGAUGGUCGAUCACCGCUUGCCGUUUUUGUUUCGAUGGCUUUUCACGUGAAUAGCGUCGGGUAUUGUUCGCACUCCAGCUGGAGGAGCACUUUUCGCCGAAUUUGAGCAUCAGCGCUUGGCCUUGGGAAGAAUUCCACUUGCGGUGCAUUCUUUUGCGUGAGAACGGAAUGGCAGUUCUAUUAUUUUAUGAUUGAGCCGGUGCUUUUCGCAUUAGUUAGGUUAUUUAAGAAAAAACCACUCCGUAAUUGUUUUACCCAUUUACUCAAAAUUUUACUUAUCGUCGUCAGAAAUUUCACAGCUAUUAGAUUCUCAAAAAAAUAUUAUGCAGUAAAAUUUCUAAUUAAAACCAACGUGUUGAGUUCUGGAAAAUUGUUUUCUCAUUCGAAAUUAAAUCGGAAAAAUAUCGAUUCCAUCCAUGUACAACUUUCGCAAAACUUUCCAGACAUCCAGCAGCACCACCAUCUGAAUAUGCGUUGAGCCUGAGUAGAUCUGAAUCGAGUCAGAGAAGAAAAAGUCGAAUUUCAACGUUGGCGAAUUAUGUAUGUAUAGAUAUGGCAAAAAUCAAAUGACUGAAGAAGCGGCAGCGAAUUUAAUUUAUUUUCAACUCUCGAAACGUUCGCUGCCGCUGCUACGCCGCCGUAGUGAUAAUUUAGUAGAAGAGGAAUAACACUUCAAUUCGAGUACCGUCGUGCGGGGCUUCUUUUGAAAAAUCAGGGGCUACUUUGGACAUUUUAAAACAAGAAUUAUAACGAAAAUUACUAUAAAAUUGUCAUUAUCACCAAUCGGGUGUCUUGUUGAUAGUUGGACGGCAACUUUCUGUUACAAAUUUGGUAUUUUUUCCGUUUAGUUUUUUCAAAAAAUUAAAAAUCCAAAGUAGCCCCCGGAAUCAAAAGAAGCCCCGCACGACGGUAGGGGUUAUAUCUCAUUCCUAGCGACUAGUAGAGGAGUUUCGUUUUCGGCGUCCGACGGUUUACUCCAAGCGGUGAAGAGUUAAUAAUGUGUAUUAUAUAGACAAGAGUGUGGUAGAGAGGAAGCCGAAGAUUGCAAUAUGGAUGAUUCGUUACUAAAUGCUAUAACUGUUCCAACUUAGAAAUUUCAUUACUGAUCGAAUUGUAAAUGUUACGGUUGGACAUCGAGAAAAAAAAUAGAAGAAGUAUGAAUGAUUGUGUGUGAGGGGUUUGAAUGCUCAUUAUGCUACAAAGUAUACAUUUUAUUUUGUUCAAAUAAAUUUAGUUCCUGCAUUCUUGAGAUUCAUGUGUAUUUCCAUUGCUGUCAUGAAAUGAUAUUAUUAUAAGAUACACUGCGUUUAAUAAAUGAAUUCAAUAAUCCAUCAAAAC